AUGGGUAGCACCGGUUCAAGGCAUGAUCAUUAUGCUGCAGAAAAUUUUCACCGUAAGCGUUUGGAAAAAACGCGAUCAUUAUCAGUAGCUGAUCAGCAUAACACAAACAUUGGAUUUUAUCCGCCUCCAAUAUUACAUAAUUUGUAUCCAGAGUUGGAAAAUAAUCCAGCGAUUAUUAAGCAGUUAGGGAAAUCGACAAACGUUGUUCGUGGACAUCGGGCUGAUACAUAUUUAGGCGAUAUGAUACUUGGGAAAUCAUCGGUGCAUCCGGUGCAUGUUCAUUUAUCGGCAAAAGCAUCUUCGUCGUCAACCAGUUCUUCUGGUUGUGAAUCAUCAACAUCGGAAGAAAAUUUUGAAAACCUUCAUGAAACGUCAGCUGGAAAACCGCCUCGGUCCAGACUUUACACUCCAAGGUUAAAAAAAUUUUCCUCUUAUGAGCUUCGACAAACACGUCUUUCUGUGGAUUCUGGUACUGGGCUGGAUGACGAUGAGCCACAGGUUUUACCAGAUUUACAUAGCAGCGCUCAUGAUUUGCGGGUAGAUAGCUGUAAAGAAGAUAAUUUGAAUGCAGAGGCUGAUAUCGACAAUAUACCAAAUGUCGAUGAAUCUGUAAAUUGUAAUAAGCAAUCGAGAGAUGAAAAAUUAUCAAAAAAAGCAGAAUUAUGCGGUCAUCUUUCUAUUGGUGCUACUGAAGCCAAGAAAAAGAGGAAGAAAAGAGCAAGAUCGUUGGGAAAAUCGCUGAGAAAUCUUAGAAUGAGAGCAUUUUCGCUGCAGUCAAUUUCGUUUGAUGAAAGUAAAAGAAAACGUAAGUUUUAA